GAUAAAACUGUUACACAUUACAGUUUUACAUACCUGUAUCAGUUAAUGAACUUUGACCAUGGCUAUCUGUCUCGGGUUAUCAUUGUCAAGAUAUUAAUGGAUAAAGCUCUGCUCUAAGUCGAACAGGAUCAAAUAUAUGUAGACAGACCAGGUGUCAUGGGUGAUAAACUUUCCGAUGAACAAUUAAAAGAGGUUCGUGAGGCCUUCACAUUAUUCGAUUUGAAAAAUGAAGGUAAAAUUGCCAAUGAUAAAGUUGGCCAGGCAGUACGAUCACUAGGUCUUAAUCCUUCAGAAGAAGAGGUUCAACUGAUGAUUCGGGAGGUUGAUGUCAGAGGCACAGGGUUUGCAGUAUAUGCAGAAUUUCUCGCCAUGUUUAAGCGCCAUCAACGUGAUAUCAGCAGUGAAGAUGAAAUAAAAGAUGCAUUCCGAGUGUUUGAUAAAGAAGGCAAUGGUUAUAUCAGUGCGGCAGAGCUCCGACAUGUUCUCACUAACCUCGGAGAGAGACUGAGAGAUGAGGAGGUUGACGAGAUGAUACGAGAAGCAGAUCUGACGGGAGACGGACAAAUUAAUUAUGAAGAGUUUGCCCAUGUCCUUGUGGGGAAAUGAGAAGUACAUAAAGCAGGAAAGCCUUGUCACAGAACAGAACAAAACACAGCUCAAGAUAAACAAAAAGACAAAUAUUCCAGAUUUCCAGUGCAAUAUUUUACAUUGUUUUUAAUUUAUUACACAUUUAAUUUUGUAUAUAUUUUAAAUGUUAUUUAAAAUAUCUCAGUAAAUUA